GAAGGCACGUGUGUUAUGUUGCCUUUGCUCGUGGCCUUGCAUCGUGACACAUGGCCUGUCCUGUCCUUCCUCUCCCGUGCAGGAGUUGCCCACCGGAGCCAGAGCAGUGAAGGGGUCAGCUCUCUCAGCAGCUCGCCGUCCAACAGCCUGGAGACGCAGUCUCAGUCCCUCUCCCGUUCCCAGAGCAUGGACAUCGAUGGUGUCUCCUGUGAGAAAAGCAUGUCCCAGGUGGAUGUGGAUUCGGGCAUUGAGAACAUGGAGGUGGAUGAGAGCGACCGGAGAGAGAAGAGGAGCCUGAGUGACAAGGAGCCGUCUUCAGGUCCUGAAGUGUCUGAAGAGCAGGCCUUACAGCUGGUCUGUAAGAUCUUCCGCGUCUCUUGGAAGGACCGGGACAGAGACGUCAUCUUCCUUUCCUCUCUGUCUGCGCAGUUUAAGCAGAACCCGAAAGAAGUGUUCUCUGAUUUUAAGGAUCUGAUUGGCCAGAUUUUAAUGGAAGUACUGAUGAUGUCGACUCAGACACGAGAUGAAAACCCAUUUGCCAGUCUGACAGCCACAUCCCAGCCUAUUGCCACGGCAGCUCGGUCACCUGACGGAAAUCUCAUGCUGAACGCUGGCUCCAAUUCAGGAACAAGCCCCAUGUUCUGCAGCUUGGGCUCCUUCAGUGCCAGCUCGUUGUCUAGCCUCUAUGAAACUAGCCCUGCUCCUCCCGCCAGUCUCUGGAGCUUUGUGCCAGUGCCCAGUCCCUCCUUUGCUUCACCUUCCCGCACAGCCCCCCGGGGGCCUGUGCCUUCCUCGUCCCUCAGCCCUCACAGCGCAGCCCCCCAGGGGCCUGUGCCCUCCUCGUCCCUCAGCCCUCACAGCGCAGCCCCCCAGGGGCCUGUGCCCUCCUCGUCCCUCAGCCCUCACAGCGCAGCCCCCCAGGGGCCUUCCACGUCCCUCAGCCCUCACAGCGCAGCCCCCCGUGGGCCUUCCACGUCCCUCAGCCCUCACAGCGCAGCCCCCCAAGGGCCUGUGCCUUCCUCGUCCCUCAGCCCUCACAGCGCAGCCCCCCGUGGGCCUUCCUCGUCCCUCAGCCCUCACAGCGCAGCUUCCGGAACUGCGGCUGGAAGCCAGCCCUCAUCCCCCAGGUAUCGUCCCUACACUGUCACGCACCCGUGGGGGUCUUCACCGUGCCCCACCCCGCGAUCCUCCACCCUGGCCGACCCCCCAGGCUUCCUUGCCCGCCCAAGUAGUCCCCGAGCAGUGCCUGCCAGCUCCUCCAGACAGAGGCCCCGCAGCAGGGGCCCCGCCUUCCCACCCGCCUCGCCCAGUGCUGCCAGCAGACGUCCCUCCUCCCUGCGGAUCUCUCCUAGUAUGUACGACAGUCCUUUCUCCUUCCUCUUCCUCGCACUUUCUGGGGACAGUAGUGAUGAAGAAGAUGAAGAAGAUGAUGAUGAUGAUGAUGAUGAUGAAGGUGGUGGUGGUGGUGGUGAUGAUUUUUCUUGUGUCCAGUUUGGGUCCAGUUUGGGAGCCUCUGGUGGAGCAAGUAACUGGGACUCGUACAGUGAUCAUUUCACCAUUGAAACCUGCAAGGAGACAGACAUGCUGAACUACCUCAUCGAGUGUUUUGACCGAGUUGGAAUAGAGGAAAAAAAAGCGCCAAAGAUGUGCAGCCAGCCCGCAGUCAGCCAGCUCCUGAGCAACAUCCGCUCGCAGUGCAUCUCCCACACCGCGCUGGUGCUGCAAGGGUCCCUCACACAGCCCAGGUCCUUGCAGCAGCCGUCCUUCCUUGUGCCGUAUAUGCUGUGCAGGAAUCUCCCGUACGGCUUCAUUCAAGAACUGGUGAGGACCACUCACCAGGAUGAAGAAGUGUUCAAGCAGAUCUUUAUCCCUAUUCUACAAGGCCUGGCUCUUGCUGCCAAAGAGUGCUCCCUCGAUAGUGACUACUUUAAAUAUCCCCUCAUGGCACUAGGUGAACUCUGUGAAACCAAGUUUGGGAAGACACACCCUGUGUGCAGUUUGGUUGCCUCUUUGCCUCUGUGGUUGCCGAAGUCCUUAAGCCCUGGUUCUGGGCGGGAGCUGCAGAGACUCUCCUACUUAGGGGCCUUCUUUAGCUUCUCAGUCUUUGCAGAGGAUGAUGCAAAGGUGGUUGAGAAAUACUUCUCAGGGCCCACGGUUACCCUGGAGAACACCCGUGUCGUCAGCCAGUCCCUACAGCAUUACCUGGAGCUGGGACGGCAAGAGCUUUUCAAGAUACUGCACAGUAUUUUGUUAAAUGGUGAAACUCGUGAAGCUGCCCUCAGUUACAUGGCGGCCGUUGUCAAUGCCAAUAUGAAGAAAGCCCAAAUGCAGGCGGAUGAUCGAUUGGUCUCUACAGAUGGCUUUAUGCUGAAUCUCCUGUGGGUCCUGCAGCAGCUAAGUACAAAAAUCAAGUUAGAAACAGUCGACCCCACUUACAUAUUCCACCCAAAGUGUCGGAUUACUCUCCCGAAUGAUGAGACACGAAUAAAUGCAACGAUGGAGGAUGUGAAUGAGUGGCUGGCUGAGCUCUAUGGAGAUCAGCCUCCGUUUUCUGAGCCAAAAUUCCCUACCGAAUGUUUCUUUCUCACCCUGCACGCUCACCACCUCUCUAUUCUGCCUAGUUGUCGUCGCUACAUCCGAAGACUCCGAGCCAUCCGAGAGCUCAAUAGAACCGUGGAAGAUUUGAAAAAUAAUGAAAGCCAGUGGAAAGAUUCCCCGCUGGCCACCCGACACCGAGAAAUGCUGAAGCGCUGUAAAACUCAGCUCAAGAAACUGGUACGGUGCAAGGCCUGUGCUGACGCUGGCUUACUUGACGAGAGCUUCCUGAGAAGAUGUCUGAAUUUUUAUGGCCUUCUCAUUCAGCUGCUGCUCCGCAUCCUGGACCCUGCAUAUCCCGACGUAACACUGCCUUUAAGUUCAGAUGUCCCCAAGGUGUUUGCAGCAUUGCCUGAGUUUUAUGUAGAAGACGUUGCUGAAUUUUUAUUUUUUAUUGUACAAUAUUCUCCUCAGGUGCUUUAUGAGCCCUGUACUCAGGACAUCGUGAUGUUCCUCGUGGUGAUGCUGUGCAACCAGAAUUACAUCCGAAACCCAUACCUAGUGGCCAAACUGGUGGAGGUCAUGUUCAUGACCAACCCUUCUGUCCAGCCUCGAACUCAGAAGUUUUUUGAGAUGAUUGAGAACCAUCCUCUCUCUACAAAAUUGCUGGUACCUUCCCUCAUGAAGUUCUAUACAGAUGUCGAGCAUACUGGAGCCACCAGCGAGUUCUAUGACAAGUUCACAAUUCGCUAUCACAUUAGCACUAUUUUUAAAAGCCUUUGGCAAAACAUAGCUCACCAUGGCACCUUCAUGGAGGAGUUCAAUUCUGGAAAGCAGUUUGUUCGCUAUAUCAAUAUGCUGAUUAACGACACGACCUUUCUGCUGGAUGAAAGUCUGGAGUCACUGAAGCGGAUCCAUGAAGUGCAGGAAGAGAUGAAGAACAAGGAACAGUGGGACCAGUUGCCUCGGGAUCAGCAGCAGGCCCGGCAGUCUCAGCUUGCUCAGGAUGAGCGUGUUUCACGUUCUUAUCUCGCCCUGGCGACUGAAACCGUGGACAUGUUCCAUCUCCUCACCAAGCAAGUCCAGAAGCCGUUCCUCAGGCCAGAACUUGGACCCCGAUUAGCAGCCAUGCUGAACUUUAACCUACAGCAGCUGUGUGGACCCAAGUGCCGGGACCUGAAAGUUGAAAACCCAGAGAAGUACGGUUUUGAGCCAAAGAAGCUGCUGGACCAACUGACGGACAUUUAUCUGCAGCUGGACUGUGCUAGAUUUGCUAAAGCCAUUGCUGAUGACCAGAGAUCCUACAGCAAGGAACUGUUUGAAGAAGUCAUUUCAAAGAUGCGGAAGGCAGGAAUCAAGUCCACCAUUGCAAUAGAGAAGUUUAAGCUUCUUGCUGAGAAGGUGGAGGAAAUAGUGGCCAAGAAUGCACGCGCAGAAAUUGACUACAGCGAUGCCCCGGAUGAGUUUAGAGACCCCCUGAUGGACACCCUGAUGACCGACCCUGUGAGGCUGCCCUCUGGCACCAUAAUGGACCGCUCCAUCAUCCUGCGGCAUCUGUUGAACUCCCCCACCGACCCCUUCAACCGACAGAUGCUGACGGAGAGCAUGCUGGAACCAGUGCCAGAGCUGAAGGAGCAGAUUCAAGCUUGGAUGAGAGAGAAGCAGAGCAGUGACCACUAAGCCGUCCCCGUCACACUUCUCUGCUGGAAACAGCCACGCCAGCCAGCCAGGCCGAAGCAGCAUCCACCUCGAACCUGCUGCUCAACCCUGCAGCCAGAUGUGGCCAGAUCCUGAGAGCCCACCCCGAGUGACCAAACAGUAGAGGUCUGAGGGACGUGAUGAGAAGAGGAGCCGAUUCCUGUACAUAUAUUUAAGUGACAGACAGUCACACGCGAGGGACGAGUUUUACGAUUGCCUGUGUAGUAAAGCGCGUCCUUCGCCCGUCACACCCUGGGGCUGUGGCAACGGCAGUCUAGUGAUGGCGAGUGGGUCUGGGCAGCAUCCCCUGAGCUUUCGUUUCGUUUUGUUUUUUCGAUGUGACUAGAGAACUCGGACAUUUUGCUGCUAAAGAACCUCCCCCUCCCUGACCCUACUUGCACUGCUGUGGGUUUUUUAAAGAGAAACAAAACCAGACUCCUUUCCCAGCCCUCCCUCCAAACAUGUAUUCUGUGAGAUAACUGUGCCUGCGACAAAGUGUUAAUCUUGGGAUCGUAUUUUUAUAUCAUAUUCACAUACUUGUUUUUUUAAUUGGUGUUAGAUGACAUGAUUAAUAAAAAAGGCAAGAUAUUUUCAGAAUUUGAAUUUCAGUUUUUUUUCUUUUGAAAUAGCCCUUUUGAUUUUUUUUUUUUUUUAAUUAUAAACAAAAUGAAGAGAGCCCUGUUGCCCUGGCCCUUCUACCAAGCAAGCCCUCGAUUAAGAUUCUGAGGAACAGAUGCAGCAGUGGGAUGGCUGAAGUGAUCAGGACUCAAGUGACUCGUGGGGUUUGGGGAGGUGAGGGUUGUGUUUUGUUUUUUGUUUUUCUAAUCCUAUGUGACAAUUCCAAACGUAUGCCAUUAUCCUCUGAGGAUAAAUAGAUUCCUCAACCCUGGGUUCAUUUGUAUGCUGUGUCCUUUUGGGGUUUGGCCUUACCAAAGCAAAAAAAAAAAAAAAAAGAAGGUACAAGAAAUGUGGAAAUCGAAAAUCUGUUUGCUUGUUUCCGUGCCUGGACAAAUGCCACCACACAGGCGCGCAUGAGCAGAAGCUCUUUGUAUUACCGCUCCCUACGCAACAUACUUGAAUUCUUGAAUUUCCUUUGGGUGGAAAAGGAUUUGAAACCAUAAAGUGUUUUAAGGAAAUGAAAUCUUGAGAAGCAUACUUUCUUUUCUUUCCCUUUCUCCUCUUCUCCACAGACAAUGUGCUCUGUUCAGUUCCCAACACAAACUCCAAUAAACGGUGAUGCCCAUUCGGACGGA